AUGCCUCUCUAUAUCAAUGUAAACAAAAUAGAGAAAGAUUUCUUUGAAUACCUUGACAAUGCAGAAAACAAUCUCAAAGAAAAGCACGUAGAUGCUGCAUUUGCAAUGCUAAAUCAAAAGAGAAUUGAGCAAUCUUCUUGGUUCAGCGAGCAAGGUAUCCCAAAAGCUUGCUUUGUACCAAUCCAGUUCUUAGAAACGGUUGGAUACAGUUAUGAAAAUCUCCAGAAGCCAGAUAAAAAAAGAAUAAACAUCUUAAAGGGUUGGGUAGGCGAAGUUGUGAGAGGUUUAAUACGUCCAAAUAAGAUGUGGAUGCAAGAUGUUGACAUUGUCUAUGGUGUCGUUCAUGAAAGACUUGUGGAUCACUUCAUUGGGGUGGAGAUACAUCUGAUGGAGAACACAAUCACAAUCUUUCAUUGUGGCGUUCACAAGGUUAAAGAAAACCCUCUAAUCCAAAAACUGGCAGUGUUGAUUCCUGCCAUAAAGUUGGAAAUGAUGAAUGAAGAGAUAAACUUCAACGAUAUCGUCCCGUUUCAAGUUAAGAAGGCAGAAGGGCUCCCGAAGACAAAACUUCCUUUCAAUUGUGGUCUCUUUGUUGUCAAGAUGCUAGAAUGCAGGUCAUUAGGAUUGAAGAAAAUGUCCAGUAUAAAUGAUGAUACUGUGAUGGAUUUACGAAGCAAGCUAUGUUGUGAGAUGUUCGAUCAGUUUAUGGAUAAAGAUUUCCAGGAAGGUUGCAGAAGGUGA